AUGAAUAUGCUGAACAAAGACACCAUUUUGUUAAAAACGAAAAAAUUAAAAAAUCUAUGCGAGCAUGAGGAAAACAUAAACAGUCAGCAUUUAAAGGCCCUAAUAGAAAUAUUAGAAUACUUCUUCGAAAAAUACAAUGAUUUUUUUUUAUCGUCCGUAGUAUGGGAAGUGGUGGACAAAAUGAUAAUACUUGAAAACACCAUUGAAGAGAAGAAAAACAUCGAUGUGGACUUAAGGACCUCCAUCAAAUUUUGCGAAUUUAUUUUCAACAAAUUAAUUGCGUACACCAAUUAUGAAAGUGAUAACCUGAAGUACUUUUUUAGCUUCAGUUUUUUGCGGCGCCACCUCUGCUCCGUAUUAAGCUCUUUUCUAAACUGUAGCAGUUCGUCUUUCCGGAGGAAAGUAGAGUCGUCCUUCACUACAGAGCUAUUAACCCUAACAAAGCAAAUUUUCGAAACGAUAAAAGUUGAAAAUGAUCUGGAGCUGAAGGUCUGUUAUACAGAAUUUGUGUGGAGGUCCUUCAGAAGGAUCGACUUUGCAACAUUCAACAUCAAAGGGUUGCAUGCAAAUAUAAACACGUUAGAAAAGUUGAAACAUUUUAAGAUUUUUAAAUUCGAUGAGGAAUGCAUAAAUUGGCUCAAGGAGGAAAACUACAUGGACAGAAAGAUCGUCAUUGAAGAUGGACACUUCACCAUAAGGGGAAAUGAAAAAUGCGUGAACAAAGACUUCAUCCUCUGCUACUUGGGGAAGUGCUCCAUAUUUUUGUACUACGACAACCCCGAAGAAGAUGAAAAAUGCAAAAUAGAGGUCCCGUACUACCACAUCACUUCAGUGCACUUUGAGGGCAAAAAUGUAUUCACCCUGGACUGCAAAGCUAUCAUAGACCAGACGAACAUAUUCAACCUGUGGGGGCAAGACAUAAGGGACGCCGUUGACUACGAAAGCGUCAACAAGUUCAGCCUAUCGCUAGACAUCAAGAAAAAUUCGAAGGACGUGAGGAGGUUCCUAGACAAAAUUUCUGUGAAACUAAAAAAAGAAUCGAAAAACAGCAAGAGGGAAGAUCACCAGAAGAGUCGUCAUGAUAAGGAAAAGAAGGACGACAGUGAUGCAACAACUCUUUCUAGCGAAAACGACGCAAAGGAAAAACUAGACGACCAGCUAUUCUUAUCCAAUUCAUCUAACACGGACCAGGACAUAAGCGACAAACAGGCUAGACAUGGUUCGAGGAAAGGAGGAAAAGCGUCAAAAGGUGAAGAGAAGAAUAUGAAGAAAAAGAAAAAAACAAAAAAAAAAGAGACAAAGGAUGACAAAAUAAAAUAUGAGAUGUCGUCAGAUGAGAAAAAUUAUAUUAAGGGGUACAAAACUGAAAGGGAUGUGAAGAAAAAAACGGACAGUGAAAGUCCUCUUGGGCAUUACAAUUUGGGGGCAAAAAACUCGCAGACCCACAUGAAAAGAAAGAACGCCCAGGAAAGGGAUAGCGACACCGAAGUUAUCAUCCAGAAAAUUAUUUCCCGCCAUAACGAAAAAAAAGAAAUUUUUAAAAAGGCCCUAAAGCAGGGCUUUUCCGAUGCUCUCAAAGAAAUAGACAGCGACAUUAAAGCGCUGGUCGAGAAACAAAAAUGUAGGAGGCACGAAUUUCACAAAAAAUAUGAAAAGAAAAAAAAGAACAUGAUAACCAUUAUGGAGAAAGAUAUAAGCAUGUUGACCAAGGAGAUAAAUGCUUUAACUGAGUCCUUGAAGAAAAUUGGCGUAAACAAAAAUGAAGUGCUGAAGCUGCAUGAGGAGGGGAAGUUCAUCUUAUCAUCCAACGAAUUGUUACAAAAGAGCCAAGCAAUUAUCAAGAGGGUAAAGGAAAAUUUGCAGAAAAUGAAUAGUGAUAUAAUUGGAAAGGAAAAGGAGUACAACAAGAGAAAGAAAUUAUGCUUUAAGGCCUUGGCCACGGCAUAUGAAUAG